GCAGCCAAUACGCGACAGUUUUAACCAGGAAAUGUUGUUUAUUUAUGCUGCUGAUUUUACAGUAUUGUAUCAGCUGUUGUCUAAACUAUUUGAUUUGGGUUAAACAGUGUUCGAGUAAUUUUACGUUCUUGUUGUUUUCGUUUAUUACCUGUGUGGAGUUCUGAGACAAAGUCGCUGUUCUGUUUAAUUUAAAACCUCAAACAGUGUGGAGCGUGUCAACUGUAGCUACAGAGAAGUUGAACUUGUCAACUUGAGAAACCAAACGCGCGAUAAAUGAUGCAGAAUACUGAAAGAGGAAAGUUACUCCUUGGAAAAUAACAUUGUGUGUGUUGUUUCUUUGUCACAACAGGAGUGCUGAUUAUAUAUGAAUGGAAAUUUUACAGAAAAAGUGAAAACAAAGCAGGUGUUUGUAACUCAGAAGAGGAUUCCGCUACUCGAGUCUCAAGCUAACAGUCAGUGAAGAUGGACGUCAGUGUCUCCGUGUCGUUCUUUCAAGACGAGCUCGCCUCUACCAUCGAGCACGCAGUGAAAGCGGCUGUAGACACCGUCUUGUGCGAAAUCACAAAAGUUGUCGGCGGCAAAUUCACUGAAUUCCAAAUGGAAAUGGCUGGAAAGGAGAAAGAGAAUGAAAGUCUGAAGCUGAGAUUGGAAAUAUCAGAGAGCGAGUUGAAAGCGGUGCGGGAAUGCAUGAACGCUGCAGAUGCAGACAUUAAACAACCUCUCAGAAACAUGAACCCCGACUCCAAUCAACAAGACUUUCAGAGGAAUGAGAACCAGAGAUUAUUCAUCAGAGUUAAAGAUAUUGAAGAGAGACGCGCUUUCAAUGAAGCAGAGGAGGGGCCAGUGAUAGAAGCUGGACAAGAGGACAUCUUUGAUCAGGAGUGGUGUGGAAGUAUAAUAGAGAUUACAGGGUUAACAAUUGUUGAAAGUAUAGAGAUCCUUGAACUUGAACCUGUCCACAUUAAAGAGGAGGCCAUAGAGCUGGAGUGUGAUCACAUCACAGAGGAAGUUAGUAAAGAAAAUAAAGUCAAUAUGCUGGAGGAGAAUAUAGUUAAGAUGGAAUCUAGCCCUUGUGAUUAUUGUCCAUCUGAAUUGGUCUGCAUGAAACCCAAUCAGUCUGUCUCUGAAGACACUGGUUCUAGUGUUGGAGAAGAGGGCACUGUGCUGGGGUCCAUUCAGAGGAAACAUCACCCCCCUCAGGAAAGAGCUGCAGAUGGAAAGGAGGAAGGAGCGAUGCCGUCCACGAGCAGCACAGCAUGUGCUGGAGUAAAACUGAAGCAGAGGUGGGGCGUGGAACCUGUCCACAAAAAAGAGGAGGCUACUGAACUGGAACCUGUCUACAUUAAACACCACCAGCAAAUUCACAAAAGCAAGAAACUAUACCACUGCAAUGAAUGUGGGAGGAGCUUCACUCAAUUCGGAAAUCUUAAAAUACACAAACAAGUUCACACAGGAGAGAAACGUUACAAAUGUAAUGAAUGUAGUCAGAGCUUCACGAAAUUGCAAUGUCUUAAAAAACACCAGCGAACUCACACAGGAGAGAAACCGUACUACUGCAAUGAAUGUGAGAAAAGUUUUGCAGUAAUAGGAAAUCUUAAAAAACACCAGCACAUUCACAAAGGGGAGAAACCAUACCACUGUACUGAAUGUGAGAAGACUUUCAGUGACUUGGGAAAUCUUAAAAAACACAACCGAGUUCACAAAGGAGAGAAGCCCUACCACUGUAUUGAAUGUGGGAAAAGAUUUAUUCAGUUAGGACACCUCAAAAAACACCAGCAAAUUCACUUGGGAGAUAAACCAUAUCACUGUACUGAAUGUGUGAGGUGUUUCAAGUAUUUAAAGAGCUUUAAAAAGCACCAGCGAAAUCACACAGCAGAAACAAGCUAACUAAAUGUGGGAAGAGGUUAACUUCUCUGCAGCUUCCAUCGGCUGUGUUUGAUUCCCGUAGUGGCAGCGUGGCAGAAAUCCUAAACGAACGUGUUGGCAAUUAAAAAUAUCAUUGAAGUCGCCGCUCUGGCUCUAAAUAAUUGAGUGAUGUCAUUAUGUGAAUUUCAGAAAGGAAACUGCAUUUCCCAGGUACGCACUGUGCUGAAAACCAAGGAUACAAGCGUGCUUGGAUAAACCAGUGCAAAGGUAGCGGGCUGUGAUUGGCUCAGGAUUCUGUAUGGUAUGGACAGUGAGCUUAGUCAAGGGGUUUCAGUGAGUUUGUAGCAAUUCCCAUGCUACAUAAUGUGGGUGUAAGUCUCACCCACCUGUCCCUUUAAUUAGGGUCAGUAGCCUGGCCAGGUUAAAACUUCAUUUCCCAUAGUUCCUUGCAACCACCCUCUGUUCAUCCUCUCCCCAUUGGCUCAUUCAGAUUUCCACCCCUCCAAUCUCAGAGCUCCUUAGUAGCCAGCACUUGUAUUAAAGCUGGCUAAUCAGGCCUGAGGGAGACUCCCUUUCUCAGAGGAAUCCAUUAAACUACAGCAUUUUCUUUACUUAAAUUUCAGUGAAUCCAUUACCAUCCUUAGAUAAUUCCAGUGCAUCCAUUCAUUUUCUUUUGUUGCUGCACUUUGUCUAAACUGCUCUUUUUGUUUUCACUGUUACUUGUUUAAGUUUAGCUGUUUUUCUAGGUCUGUUUAGUGUUUGUUGUUUUAUGUGUGACAGCCUCCAUUUUUUCCUGAUCCUCCUGAUUUUUUCCAAACAACUGUUCACCAUUCAACUCAACACUACUGGACAGUCUCAACAAUUUCAACGUACUCAAUGUUUUCACCAUUCUACAAUCCCCAUCAUUUCGGGACACUUUG